AUGCACUAUGUGAAAGAGAUAGGAAUUAGCUUGGUCUUUGUCUCUGAGCCAUACAGGACUAAAGGAGGAACAGAUUGGUAUGUGUCUACCUGUGAAAAAAGCGCAAUCCUUUUGUUCGAUGUUACUGGUACUCCCUCUGUCUCAAGAAUCAAAUCUGGGAAUGGCUUUACAGCCCUUAAAGUUAAUGACCACCUAAUGGUUAGCUGCUACUUCUCUCCUAAUCGCCCUCUUGAGGAGUUUGGUGGCUUUCUGGAUGACCUCUACGAUCUGGUACGUUUCUAUCCGAUGGAAAGAGUUAUCGUAGCUGGAGAUUUUAAUGCGAGAUCAACGAGCUGGCGUGAUACGAUUACCAACGAUCGAGGUACAUUGUUGGAGAGGUGGCUUGACUCGACGGGUCUGGUUGUGGCUAAUAAUAACUCGAGACCUACUUGCGAAAGAGACCAGGGGAAGUCAAUCGUUGACCUCAUUCAGGUUUCAGCUAGAAUCCGGACAAAGUCGAUCCUGACAAGUUCAAGGACGAAUAUCUUAGAUGCUGAUGUACUGUGUGAUCCUACGAGCUUAGCUAACGACUUCUCUCACUCGCUCACUUGGUUGUUGUCUCGUGUCUGCGACUUGUCAAUGCCUAGAUCUAGACAAGUGCACAUAAGAAGGGCCUACUGGUGGAAUGAGGAGAUAGCCAAAUUAUGCAGGCUAUGUAUUCAAACACGACGGAAGCUAAUCAGAGCUUGA